AUGACCCAGAACAGACCCAGGAAGUUCAAAGGCAACCUUUUCUUUUUGUUUAUGUACCUGGUCACUCUGCUUGGGAACCCCACAGUUGCAAAUUCCCAUCUUCACAUACCCAUGUACUUCUUCCUUUCUAACCUGUCCUUUGCUGACAUCUGUUUUACCUCUGCUAGCAUCCCAAAGAUGCUAGUGAAUAUACAGACACAGAACAAGGCGAUAACUUACGAAGGCUGUAUUGCCCAGGUAUACUUUUUCAUACUGUUUGGAGUUUUGGACAACUUUCUUCUAGCAGUGAUGGCCUAUGACCGGUAUGUGGCAAUCUGUUACCCUCUGCACUAUACGAUCAUCAUGAACCGCCACCUCUGUGGGUUGCUUGUUUUUGGGUCCUGGGCCACAACAGCAUUGAAUUCCUUGCUACAGAGUUCAAUGGCAUUACGGCUGUCCUUCUGUACUGACUUGAAAAUUCCUCACUUCGUUUGUGAGCUUAAUCAGCUGGUACUCCUUGCCUGUAAUGAUACUUUUCCUAAUGACAUGGUGAUGUACUUUGCAGCUGUACUGCUGGGAGGUGGUCCUCUUGCUGGCAUCCUUUACUCUUAUUUUAAGAUAGUGUCCUCCAUACGUGCAAUCUCAUCAUCACAGGGGAAAUGGAAAGCAUUUUCUACCUGUGCAUCUCAUCUCUUAGUUGUUUCAUUAUUCUAUUCUACACUCUUGGGUGUGUACCUUAGUUCUUCUGUUACCCAAAACUCACACUCAACUGCAUAAGCAUCCUUGAUGUAUAGUGUGGUUACCCCUAUGCUAAACCCAUUCAUCUAUAGUCUGAGGAAUAAGGACUUGAUGGGAGCUCUCAGAAGACUCUUCAGAAGAAAACCAUGA